UAUAAAAGAAGUCAAUUCGAGGGUGUCGAUCAGUUCCAGGUGACAACAUUGGCCAGGCACUCAAGAUGAAGUGCAUCAUUCUUCUAGCUGUUCUAGGAACAGCGUUUGCGCAGAGAAAUGGAUUCUGCCGACUGCCGGCAGAUGAAGGCAUCUGCAAGGCCCUCAUACCUCGCUUCUACUUCAACACUGAAACCGGAAAAUGUACCAUGUUUUCCUAUGGAGGCUGUGGAGGCAACGAGAACAACUUCGAGACCAUAGAGGAGUGUCAAAAGGCGUGCGGAGCUCCGGAGCGAGUGAGCGACUUCGAAAGCGCCGAUUUCAAGACUGGCUGUGAGCCGGCGGCCGACAGCGGCUCUUGCGCUGGUCAACUGGAGCGCUGGUUUUACAAUGUUCAAUCGGGAGAGUGCGAGACAUUCGUCUACGGGGGCUGCGGGGGCAACGACAACAAUUACGAAAGCGAGGAGGAGUGUGAACUCGUCUGCAAGAACAUGUAAUUAUUCAUACCUAGCGGACUACAAAGUGCCUUCUCUCAUGGAUCGCAUCAUGCGUCAUAAAGAUACCGCAAGUGUACCUUGUGAAUAAAAUGAAGUGACUUGUGUCUAUAGGUGAUGUCACCUGUCGUCCCGCUUCUCCGCUUCUUUCGUAAUUGCACCUCACGUUAACACACAUGCGGAUAAUUCAAAACAAGAUUUUCUUAUACAUUUAAUUUGUCAAGGUAAUUUGAUGACGCUUAUAGACACUUUAUAAGAUCACCUUGA